AUGAGCAAAAAGUUCAAGUCGCAGGCCUCCAGCAGUCGCGCAGCGGCGGGAGCCUUUGGCUCAUUUGGAGGGUUUUCUGGAACGUUUGGGAAUGAUGGGCGAGAGCCGUCGUCCCUCACAUAUAUUACAGAACCUCCAGACCUGUCUCGCAUUUCCGAACAACAAGUUGUGAUUGCUUUCAAAAACUUUCAAAAGAAAGAUGAUACUACCCGCACGAAAUCAUUGGAGGAACUCAAAGAUUAUGUUGUCUCCGUUGAAGAGAAGAACGGUACUCUUGACAAUGGCUUUUUGGAUGCAUGGGUCAAAAUCUACCCCAGAGCGUCCAUAGAUACCUCUCGAAGGGUAAGGCAGCUGGCGCAUAUGAUUCAAGGCCUCGUAUCUUGCCUCGUGGGCAAGCGAAUUGUACCUCAGUUGCCCAAAGUUGUUGGAGCAUGGCUAGCUGGAAUCUACGACAACGAUCGACCGGUCCAGCGCGUGGCCCUGGAUUCCUUUACCAAGGUAUUUACGACUGAAGAGAAGAGAAGCAAUGUUUGGAAGAUCUAUCAAAGCUCCACCCUGGAUUUCAUCGAUGAUGUUAUCCUUCACCAGACGCCCUUGACUUUGAGCGACGAACGAACUGUCAAAAGAGAUGAUGCGGAAGCAAAAUAUGCGCGUGUUGUAGGAGCUGCACUGAUGCUCUUUAAUAGAAUCAUAGGUAUGGCGUUGGAAUCUUUAUCCCGGUGCUUCCAAGCCCAAAUCCUAAUCUUUGUAUGGACAGGAAACUCACCGAAUGAUGAUUUACAAAAGAAUGCGCCAGAGAUUGAAAAGAUCCUGAGUAGUAAAACACUAUGGGGCUUCUGUAACCAUGAGGACCCUUUUGUCCGCCGUUCGACUUACACUCUUCUUCGUGUUGUGGUUUCUCGCGAACCCGGAUGGGUGGACUGGAAGCUCAUCAGUUCAGCUAUCAUCGGAAAAUCACUAUCCUUGCCGCAACUAGGGUCUUCAUCAGAGCUAUCAGAAGCUUUGUUGGUUUUGACAUCUUCACGACCGCAUGUCUGGACGGAUGAUUACAUAGGGAAAACCUCUGCUUCGAAAAGGCUACGGCAGUAUAUUCAAAAAGGAUCACAAGGUGGCUCUGGAAGCUUUUGGUCGAAUUUGGAUAAGCUCCUUCGAAUAAUUCCCAGAGAGAUUCUUGUCGGAGCCGACAAAACAUCCAGUGAUGAUACAGUCAACAUCUCGAGUGCAGUGGCUUUAACGGAAGCUAUUCAAGAGGGCCUCACUGCAAGAGAGGAGCCUCGCCAGAAUCUCGUUACCGGGUGGAAAGCAUACAUUCGCGUGGGCUCUUGGCUUGGGAUUUUGAUUCCCCAGGAUCAGCGAUCAGAAUUUAUCCAACAGAGGCUGGCUCCCUUAGCGAUGCGAUAUGUGCGACCAGACCCUGAAUCAUCCCAAUGGGCACUCCCUUCUCAGCAAGCCCAAGAUAUCUGCGCCGAUUUUCUAGCAGUCCUCAUCUCUCACGAGCAUGGAAAGGAGCUAGAGCCGCUGUGGACGAAGCUUGCGAAUGACCUUGUCGAGGCUGUCAAGCUGUCGUCUCCAGAGCAAUCACGGGAUUUCAACGCUUCACAAGAUGCAAUUUGCUCCGAAGCUCGCCGCCUGUUUUCCUUGGAGCCAACAGUUCUAUCAAGGAUAACAGGAGCUGAGAGUGAAUCGACUACUCAGUCAGUAUUCGAAAAGGUUAAUCUUGGGCUGGUGGAAAGCUGCUUACAAGUUCUCCGUUCUCGGAAUGGAAAGCCCUACGGAGCUGCUGGAGUUGUAGAAGAGUGUGUCUGCACGAUGCCUUCUAUUGCAAAGCACUCCCAAGAGCUAUUGAGGUUUGUCCAGUCUGAAGCUCCAGAUAUGCUUUUUACGCCCUCUGGCAACCAAGUAAUCAGUAUUAUCUUGGCAUGUCGUGAAUGGGAGGGGUAUUCCUCUAGCUUUGAGAGUGUGGUGGAGCGGGCUUUGCAACUGGAGCCAGAACAGUCAAAUGCCCAUAUCCUGCAGAACCUCCUGUCCAAUAUCGAUUUCAACGAAGUUGGGGACAAGGAAAAACUUCAAACUUUGGUAAUGCGGGCUCUAAACAAAGCCUGCAAAGGCAGUGAGCCUCAUUGGCAGAUUAUCCGUGUUGUGCUCAAGAACCCGAGUUCUCGCAACGGAUUGACGGACCGCAUUUUCUUGACGAUUGUUGAUUCGCUAGGUGAAGAAGAAGGAGUAUUCGACGUGUUGAAUGGUCUUAAUAGCCUGGGAAAGACAGUCCCCACCGCCAUCAAGGACUUUCAACAUGGGCCUUAUGGCUCGAAGUUGACCGAGAAACUUUUGUAUCUGGCUGAGUCACCAUCAGAAGAUAUUGCCGCUCUGACCGAAUCUUUAAUAAAGUCUUUCCGAGAAACCGUCGUCGGAGAUACCAGUUCGCGCUCAAAAAUUGAGAUUCUCAAAAACGGCUUCAGACAUGCUGGUGAAGAAUCCUUAUCCAUCGAAUCCCUGUCCGCUAUUGCAGGAGAUCUUCUGCAACAAAUUGAGGAUGGCAAAACAGAUUUCACAGUGAAAGACAUAUUGCCAUCUGCUAGUGACUGGGAGAAUGCUCUUGCACCCUUCCUGAGAAUACCACCUCGACCUUCUACAGCGAUUACCAGUCCCCUUCUUGGUGCAGUUCACCUAGUACAGCCUGAUAUUUCGGAUUCUUUGAAGAACCUAUGGCUCUCCGUCCCUCGAGACUCCAACCGUUGUACUGCGGCUUUCCGUGUCACGGCUUUCAUCACCAAGCUUAUGUCGUCUUUCGAUUUGGUCACCAAGCUAGAUUCUGACGACCUUGAGUCUUUGUUUGUCUCCUUCCCAUUGGCUUUGCAGCUCAUUGACGAUGAUCUGAGUAUUGAGAAUUGCAAUGGAAUCUCAGGCGUUGAGCUUGCCGACCAGCGUGAUGAGUAUCUAGAGCUUGUUAUUCAAGGGCGGGCAGUGAUCAACAAGUGGAUGCAUUCGAAAGCCUCAUUGAAAUCAUCUCAAGAUACGAGUAUUUCUUCAUACUUUGUCGCUUUAUGGGAGGAAAAGCUGGAUCAGCUUAAUGAAACCUUUGCCGUUGACUAUCGUAUCGGCCAAACUUUCGUUAAGUUAAUGACUUCAUUGGACAUUAAUAAAUCGUCUGAUGAUGUUGCCAAGAUUUGCAGAGAUGGUCGUACUGCUAAUGCCAUCCGUUCGGCAUCAUGGUUUUCCGUUUUGAGAAGUUCGAUUCUGACCAACUCAGUCGGAAGCCGGAUCUGUAAUGAGCUCGUGGCCGAUUCCACUGGACUUAAACCCGAUGGUUCUACUUCGCAAGGACUUCGGAAACUAGUGCUUCUUAAUAUCCUGUUGUCAGGAGAAGAGGAUGUCGUCUCGACAAUCCCUACCCAGCGACUGGUCUUCCUGACAAAGAAUCUCCUCGAAUGCUUGCAAUCAGAUGCCCUGAGCCUUGGUCUGAAAGCCGAGAUCUUGCAGACACUGGCAUUCGUACUCCUUGGUCUGUCAGAGAUCUAUGGUUCUCACUGGGAAGAGAUUAUCAAGGCCUUGAUAUCUAUUUUCAAGGAAGUUGGCGGAGGAGAAGAGGGCCUUCCGUUGCUAGUAUCUGGCUUCAGACUAUUCGUGUGUCUGAAGAAUUUGCUCGAAGGUGAAUGUAACGAUGAUCUUCAGGACACCUGGUCAGAUCAAAAGACCGAUCUCUACGAGGCUUUGAUUUCCACCAUUGGAAGAUUCGAUUCAUCAACUGUAUAUCACCAACCUCGAGAUGUUGCAGUUGAUCUCCUCCGUCGUAUAAUCAGUACUAUUCCGGUCGAAAAUCUCAAAGACGUCCGAGUCAGUGCCGUGUUCCCACUUUUGACCUCACAUAGUCGUGCUGUCCAGCGAACUGCAUAUGCACUCCUACACCGCUACAUCCCACAAUCCCAAGAGCAAGUAUCUUUUGAUGUGGCUCUGUCCAAGACUGCGGUCAGUCUGCCAGAUGAACUCCUAUCUCUUCUCCUCGAGACUCCGUCAGUCGACACGAUCCUGAGGUCUUACGAAGACGACAAGACCUGGACUAGUGUUCGUUCCUAUCUUCUGAGCUGGAAGGUGGUGUUUGAUCAUUUUACGAACGCAUCUCUUCCCGUUCAGGAAUAUUAUGCGACGAACAUUAAAGAGAACAACGUCCUCAUACCACUACUCGAGUUUACAUUUGAUUUCUUGCAAAAGUCACAGGGCAAACUUGUCGAUGCAUCAAAGUUUGACUUGCAGUCAUUCGAGCCUGAUCAAUCAGAAAGCGCCGAGAAGGAGAUACAGUGGCUGCUAGUCAAUCUCUAUUACCUUUGCUUGAAGCAUCUGGCGAACAUGACCAAGAACUGGUGGAUUGACACCCACAAACGAAUUAAAGGACCAGUGGAGGCAUGGACAGAGAAAUAUAUCUCCCCGGCAGUAGUGGAAAGCGCGAUCCAAGGCGUGAAUGAGUGGCUGGCCACCCAGGAUCCCGACGAGGAACGGGCGUUGGCUGUGAAGAUGUCUCCACGAACUGCAGAAAUCAUUGCCAGCAUCCUUGUCGACGAGGAGUCUCCUCCCGUUUCCAUUUCAAUCUCUCUUCCGCCUGCAUAUCCCCUCCACCCGGCCCUGGUUGUGGGCCGCAGCCGUGUCCUGGUUGAUGAGAAGAAGUGGAAGAGCUGGUUGCUUACAAUUCAAGGAGUCAUUAUGUUCGCUAAUGGCAGUCUGGUAGACGGUUUGCUGGCCUUCCGAAGGAACGUGCAGGGUGCUUUGAGGGGACAGAGCGAGUGUGCUAUCUGUUACUCAGUCAUCUCGACUGAUAUGCAGACCCCCAACAAGCGCUGCGCAACCUGCAAGAACACUUUCCAUUCCGUCUGUUUGUUCCGCUGGUUUAAGAGCAGCAACCAGAGCACUUGCCCACUAUGCCGAAACAACUUUGUGUAUGUUUAA